AUGCUGACUCCCUAUCGUGUGAAGGAUACCUUUGAAGAUGCUCUCGACACCGGGUCUGUGAGGUCCCUGACGAAUCGCAGCAAGCUCUCGCCGAGGUCUAGUAGUGGGAUUACGGACGAGGUCUCGGAGCCCCCCGAGAGCCCACCCCCAGAGCCCCAGGCAAAGACGAAUGGGGACACGGUGGAAGUAAAGGAGAACGGCGAAGUGGGUGGCGGCGAUACGGCCGCGAAGUCUCCACCGUCUCUAUCUAAGCGCCUCUCGAAUGUGUCUCUCGACAACGUCGACCUCGGCGACGGGGCUAUAGGACAAGAGGAGCCCAAAGAGGGGCCGCUUCCACCUCCUCCUGCCACCCAGUCACAACCGGAGCUACCCGUGGUAGCAGACAAACCACCCUCGAAAAAGCUAUCUCUUAGCAAUAUUACCAGCUCGUUGCCUUCGAUGCCGUGGACCCCCUCGAACGCGGAUUCGACGCCAAAGACGAGUCCAAAUCCUGCCAUUAAUGCUGUCCCAGCCCAACCGUCGGCGCCGCCCGCCCCGCCAGCACCCCGAAAAAGCCCGUUUUCGUGGCUGUCGCGGACCUCGACACACAGGGAGAAAGAUCCCGUUACAUCACCGCCCACAACAGCUACGGCCUCGCCGAGGCGAAACACAGAUAGCUCGAUAGCUACACUAACCAGCAAUCCAGAAAUGGCGCUCGGCAAACUCGAUGAGGAGGCUGAAGGGAAUGGCGGUGGCCCGCGUUUGUCGAGGAGUAGUUUGAAGGACAGGUUCAAGAUGGUGCGACUUCGAGAAGAGGCUGGAAUCUCUAUCACCCCUGGUGACGGAGAGAAGUCGCCGGCGGUCGUCCUCCUUUCGCCAACUGGAACAAUGGGGUUCACGAACCCGGCCGUGGAGAAUGGCCAAGAGGGAAACUCUAUGGCACUGCCUCCGCCAUCUCCAUUACCAACUGUGGACGCAAAUCUAGCCCCGGGGACCGUCUCGGGUGUGUCUGUCGGCCCCUCAGCCGUCUCGGACGCCCAAGUCGAUUGGGACCUGUGGCAGUCGGUCGUCUAUGAGGGCCCAGCCGCGGUCGCCAGGACAAAUCCCGAGGAGCUCAACAAGGCAAUCACCACUGGGAUACCUAACGUGAUCCGCGGUGUCGUCUGGCAAGUUCUCGCUCAGAGCAAGAACGAAGACCUUGAGAAGGUAUACAAGGAUCUGGCAACUCGAGGCUCUGAGAAAGACAAAGACAGGAAUAGCAACAGCACUUCAAUCAGCCUUUCGAGCAAUGGGAACCUGAGUUCCGAUAGGGACGCAAUAGCAUCUUCGGCCUCGUCGGUACACUCAGAGGGAUCGGGAGGCAGCGGCAAGAGGCAAUCGCCUACGUCGCCGGAGCAGUCUGAGGCAGCUCUGAAGGCCCAGGCUAUCGCCGCCGCAGAGAGGAAGAAGAAGGAAAAGGAAGAUGCGGCGGCCAUAUUGAGGCUUGAGAGGACCAUCAAGAGGGAUCUUGGGACCCGGACAAGCUUCUCGAAGCACGCGGCAGCCGCCGGCCUCCAAGACGGACUCUUCGGCGUCUGCAAAGCCUACGCACUCUACGACGAGGCGGUCGGAUACGCGCAAGGGAUGAAUUUUCUAGUCAUGCCGCUGCUUUUCAACAUGCCAGAAGAAGAAGCUUUCUGUCUCCUGGUCCGACUGAUGAAUCAGUACAAGCUGCGCGAUCUCUUUAUCCAAGAUAUGCCGGGCUUGCACAUGCAUUUAUACCAAUUCGAGCGGCUGCUAGAAGACCACGAGCCGGCUUUAUAUUGCCAUUUGCACCGACGCGGUAUCUCGCCGCACCUAUAUGCGACGCAAUGGUUCCUCACCCUUUUCGCGUACCGCUUCCCACUCCAGCUUGUGCUGAGGAUCUACGAUCUCAUCCUGUCGGAGGGUUUAUCCGCGAUUCUCAAGUUUGGCAUCGUCUUUAUGCAGAAGAACACCUCGACGUUGCUCGGCAUGUCUGAUAUGUCCCAGUUAACAAACUUCCUCCGAGACAAGAUAUUCGACGUGUAUAUCGAUCAAUCGCCGAGCGCCGGUAGCAUUCUCGAGAACGGGUUUUUCGGAAGCAGCUCUUCUAGCAUCGACAAGGAAGUAUACCGAGCGGAUCAAUUGGUUCGCGACGCGUGCGAAGUGAAUAUCACCCCUGAACUUCUCAAGGCUUACACGACCGAGUGGGAAGAGAAGACGCGCGCUGAGAAGGAGCGAGAGAAGGAGCUCGAACAGCUCAAGACUGCAAAUUUAAGCUACGCCAUCAAGAUCCGAAAACUCGAGGAGAGGCUCGAGGCGAGCGAUCGUGAACAAGCGACCGUGACGACGGAUCUGGUUCAUACCAAGAUUGAGAACGAGGACCUGAAAGAUCAGAACGAGAGCCUGAGCGGGCAGGUUAGGGAACUUCGCAAUGUCAUUGAGAAGCAGCCCGAGGAGAUCGAGCAGACCUGGAGGCUCGAACGCGACGAUUUGAUGAAGCGAAACGAGAAGGUUCACGAGGAGAACAGUAGGUUGGAAAAAGAACUACAGGAGCUCGAAGAAGAACUCGUGCAGACGAAGAUGCGAUACGCCGAGAUCAACUCCCAACAUGAGACUCUCCAAAGAAAGUGGGCUGAGCUCAAGCGCCAAUUUGCUUGAAGCUCAACCCUGAUCCCUCCCUGGCCUUGUUCUCCCGAAUCCUCUUGGAUCGAUGCCUUCACAUCCUCGUACAACAACCCUCGUACGGUCGUCGGUGGUAGGCAACUCGCCAGGUGGGGUAGCGGAGGAACGACCCCGCGCGCCACCAUGUCGGAAACAUCAACGAGGUCAGGAAUUCUCUCCCGCCGAGCCUCCUCGAACCCAAGACGGCCGCCUUCGCCUCGAGCGUUUACUAGAGUUGUUACUUAGUUGGCCGAGGGCUGGUCUAGGCAGUGCUGGGGUGGAAGAGCGGGGUUCUCCAACUUCUGUCGUUGUCGUUUGUUUCGGUUGGUUUCCCUUGGCUUUAGCAACCUCGUUUCCCUGCGGUGGCGCUAGAGAAGGAGAAGAAGGAAAAAAAAAAAGACAACCCUGGAAUCCAUAUCAUCGACGACCAGUGCAUUAUAUCGACAUGCAUAAGAGAAAACGAUUCACGCAGCCUGAAUGAGUCCUGUAUAGAAUCAGCCCAGAGGCGCUAGGGGGC